CUUAGUAGAAUUCAUAUAUGUUUGGCUCCAUGGUAGUGUUUAUCUUGCCGACUGUUGGCUUUGAAAAGGUGGUGUACCUUUGCCGACUUAGCUAUGUACCAAUCGUUUGUAUGUUAACUGUUUAAUAUAAUCUUUGGAUGACAAUUUUUUUUUUACAAACAACCAAAAAUACAACCAGCUACACAAUCAUCCUAUGUAUGUCAAAACAGCAGCAGCCAUGGCGCACCCUUCCUACAGCCAAAACACUCAGCAAUCUAUGUGGAAACAUAAUCGAUGGGGACAAUAAGAAAAAUCACAAAUUUUUGUCAAAGAUAAGGAAAUCUCGGGUUGGCUCCUUCGGGCAUUCUCAAAAAAAAAAAAAGUUUCACAAACCACACAACUAGGGAGCUGCCAAAAAUAUUAAACAAAUUACCACUUGUGUCGUUCAAACCAAAUCAAAACUAUACUAAAAGCAGGAUAUAAGCCUCUAUGGAGGUGUCCACGUGAGCUGAAAAAAUCAGCCAAUAAAAAUAAACUAUAGUGCCACAUCAUCAUAUUAUUUCCUGUCUCGCGAAUAUCAUCUAGGUUUCGUCUUCCUUUUUGUUCCCAAUUGAAUUAGACAAUAAAGAUGGUCUUCCUGUUCAUCUUCCUUUCUCUCGGCGUACAAUUUUUUUAUGCCUUCUUGAUAUUACAAAGAUGGUCUUCCUCUACCUUUUACCUCUACUGUCUCUUCAUCUCCAUCUCUUACUUACCCUCUUUCAACGUUUAAUCUUCAUAUGUUCAAUGAAUUUGCUGUUUUCAUUAAAACAAUUUACUCCCACGAACUCUUUGUCUCCCUUCUUUACAAUCCAAGCUUUAUUCGAUUUGAAACCGAAAGAACAACUCAAACCCUAUAAAUAAGAGAGGUUUGCGAUUCCAAUCCCCCUACACCGACACCCUCUAAUCUUUCAUCUACUUGCCAAAAACCAGACGCCUCCUUCAAGAAUGUAUUCCUCUGACGUUGUUGUUGCCCAAUCAGAUAUCACUCAACCUUUGAUGCUCUCAGAUUUGGUAGGAAUUCCCAAUACAUUGUUGGUCGUCUCAUCCUUUUCUGGGGUUCGCUGGGAUUUGCGCAGCAUAAAAAAAACAAAUAGGUUAUGGGAAUCAUCCUCCUUUUCCUUGAUGAAAAGAAUUAGGUGAUUCAAGGAUUCAUCCCAUCUGCUCGCGCCGAUCACUACCGUCCAUCUUUAGUGGACGGUUCCAUUAUAAAACUUGAUAGAAAUUUAUGCUUAGGAAGUUUGAUCAUCUCCAGGCUCUUGCAAACACAAAUUUAGAACUGUCCGAUGUUGUUGUCCAAAUUCGGUAUGUGCAAGGGUCUGACCUUAACAACGCUGCAGCAACGACGAGACUUGUGGUUCGUCUUCUGAUUGAGCCGUAAGCCAAAAACCACCAAUGUUUCGCGGUCUCCUAAUACAGGUGAUAAAACAGUCUGUAAUGGUGGUUACAACUGUGAAUCCAAAGAUAUUCGGAGAUAAUCUCUAUUUGAACACAAUACCAGCAACCAAAUUUUAUUUUGACACCAAUCUUCCUGCCAUCAGAAAGUUCACAGCCAGCUUGGGAGGUGCAGCAGGAGAGAUCGGAACACUUUCGUCUCCAACUCUAAUGAGCAGAUGCGAGAAGCUGAUUUCAUUUGCAAAGCUCGGAUUGUUGAGGUCCUCCACCAGAAUGGCUGGCCGUUCGUUGCUUGCACUGGGUGCAACAGAAGUUGGACAAAUAUGGCACUUCUCUUCGUUGCAACAAAUGCGUUUCUCCCAACGUUACCGGUGUUACCAGAGGUUCCGUGUCGAGCUAUCAGUUGAUGACGGCAACGAUAAUGCUACGUUUGUGGUCUUCGACAUGGAGAAGACUAAGCUCACUAAGAGAGAUGCUUCUGAUCUGGGUCAUGAGCUUCACCCUGUAUGUGUUUCUCUAAACCCUGAAACAAACUACAGAUGAAUGGCGUUGGAGGGCAGGAACUACCAACAUGUCUUGAAGAGCUUGCUAGAAAGGAAUAAUACGUGUCACUUCAUAUAUUUUCACAUCAAACCAUCGUACCUUCACCGUCUCUACAAUAAGAGAAAAUAGCUUCUUUGACACCAAACCAAAACGUUUUCUUCUUGCUAAUUUGAAAUAACACAUUUACAACUAUCUCAGAGAGUAGCAGCAACAACCAAGCCCCAGUUGUUGAAGGGGAAGGUGGAGAAACAGCUGCAUCUGCCAGCAACACUGCUGCAGCAGGAGACGAUGAACCAAAUCCUCCCGGUUUUGAAGCGAUAGAGAAUAGCCGCAAACGCACGCGUGAGUGAUAGUCCAAGCCCGUCCUGCUGUCAACCCCACUUAGCUUUCGUCUGUUUCGAAUUUCCUAACUUGCUAUGAUUUGAAUCGAUUAUAUAUGAUUUUCAACUUUGAUUUUUCUCUUAAAUUUCUGGCUAAGUCUCUCCCACGAGGAGGACAAUUACUAAAUUUUUUUAUUAAAAAGGCAGUGUUGACGGCA